UUUUAUAAAAGUAGGUUGAAACUAAUCAUAACGGAGAGGGCUAAUGCUUUUGAAAAUUGACUAAAUAGAAAAAGUUUUUAAUAUCAGAUAUUUAAUCCUAAAUAUUUAUGUCCGCUGCAUCGAUCGGUUGCUGAUAUUAGUUUUAGAAAAGGCUUACAAUAACUAAUUUUUGCUGAUAUAUAUUAAAAAAUAAAAUUCUGAAAUGUUACCUUUCAAGGGUUAAGAAACCGGAGAUAAUUCUUCUGCAAAUCAAUAUAUGUGUUUUUUUAAUUUAGCAUUUAACCGAUCGUGAUUUAAUAAUUAACUCAUCCGCUCAAACUUUUAUCGUCAGAGAGGUUCCUAUACAAAGGAUAAGAAUCUAUUCUGAAAAUAAUGUUUCUUAUCAGACGACAACUCAUAACAAAAGCAAAAAGUUGUUACACUGUAGCUAAUAUAUCUGGUGUAAGCUUAAAUAUCUGUUGUAAACACUUAUCAAGUAGUGGCAUUCAUACAGCAACAGAGGAAAAUAUGAAACGUUUGGAAGGAAAGGUAGCAAUAGUUACAGCUUCUACGGAAGGCAUUGGUUUUGCAAUUGCUAAACGUUUGGCCGAGGACGGUGCGGCUGUGGUAAUCAGCAGUCGGAAGGAGCGAAAUGUUGAAAAUGCGGUAGAACGUUUACGAAAAUUAAAUCUUAAAGUUACGGGCUUAAAAUGUCAUGUUGGAGAAAAGCAAGAUAGAAAACGGCUAUUUGAAGAAACUAUACGCACGUUUGGAAAAUUAAAUAUUUUAGUAUCUAAUGCCGCUACAAAUCCAGCAGUGGGUGGUGUGUUGGAGUGCGAGGAAAGCGUCUGGGAUAAAAUAUUCGACAUCAAUGUUAAAUCUUCUUAUUUACUUGCAAAGGAGGCAUUGCCUUAUUUACGAAAGGAACAAGGUUCUAAUAUAGUUUUUGUGUCUUCCAUAGCUGGCUACGAUGCUUUCAAUUUGUUAGGAGCAUACUCCGUUAGUAAGACGGCUUUAAUUGGAUUAACUAAAGCAGCAUCCAAAGAGUUGGCUAGCGAAGGAAUUCGAGUAAAUUGCUUAGCACCAGGAAUUAUUAAAACCAAAUUCUCAAGUGCGCUGUACGAAACUGAAUCGGCUAACGAAGCAUCCAUCUCAAAAGUACCUAUGGGACGUCUGGGUACCCCAGAAGAAAUGGGUGGAGUAGUAUCAUUUUUAGUUUCUGAUGACGCUUCUUAUAUUACAGGCGAAACCAUUCUCGCUGCCGGUGGUAUGUCAGCUAGAUUAUAAAUUUACUGCAUUUAUGUGAAAUGUACGGUUUUUUUUUAUUGAUUUCGUUAUAAGUAAAAUAUGUAUGUCUUAAGUAAUAGCAUUUUAUUUAAAAUUCACAUGAUCAUAAGGGUAUACAUUUAUAAAAACUAACUUAUUGUAUAGUGUUACAACGUUAACUAAGAGGAGCGCAAUUUAGCCAAUUGGUCUUCAAUAUCCUUUUCGGUGCGUGCACUUUUUUCCAAAUCUCCAGAGCCAGUAGAUGGAAUGUUUGCCAUUUUACCUGAUAUUUCAAUACCAAUUUCAUCCAAAACCUUAUUAACAAUGGUAUCACUUUCUUCUUCAUCGCCCGACUCGUUCAGCAUGUCAUCUAACGUAUCGUUUAUCAUCUCAUCUGUCAUUUCCAUAUGCAUAUUUGCUUUUUGGAAAUCUCGAAGAUUUGCAGCAAUCCUUUCUGGCCGCAUCACCUUGUUCAUAUCUCCCAUUGUUUUGGCAGUGGUUCCCAUCGCAUCAGCUAAUACUAUAUUUGUUCCCAUAUUUUUAUUUUGAUAACCAAUCGAUGUAAUUUUACUGGUUGCUGCAAAUGUCCGAGACUUUUGCUUUCUUAUUUCCACAAGUUGUUUCGCCAAUAUGCGGCAUACAUCAUUAUUGCCCUGUGCCGCAGCCUUUUUUAUUUCUUGCUGCAGUUUGUGUUCCUCCUCUUCUAGUUUUCGGCGCUCUCGAUCUAUGUCGCGAUUGGCUUUUCGUAGAUUUUUGUCAUUUUCCCUUUGCUGUUCCUUAACAGUUGGUUUUUUGCCAAAUAAAUUGUUAAACAUAUUUAAUUUACUCUAACUUUUAGUUGAAAAUUAUUAAAUGCGUGAGUCACCCAACCGACAUUCACAAAUAUGAACAAUGAAAACAAACAGAAAACAGCUGAGUUAACUAUAAGUAUGGCAACUCUGAUGUUAUCAAUUCAAGGCGCAUUUCAAAUUUUUUUGAGUGCCUUGUUGGAAAAAAAAUUAAAUUUUGUAAAAAAAAUUUGUAAAAUAUUACGUUCAAGCGUGAAUACAUUAAACCGGAUGAAUCAAUGAUGAUAGUAAAUUUCUAAAUAUAUUUAAAAUAUCUUUUAAUUGAUAAUAAGAGUGAUCAGCUUUGAUAUACUAAUUUUAGCACUAACCUGGCCACUCUAAUCAGUAAUGAAUAAAACAGCAUGCAGUUUAAAAGAGUUUAUAUAAAUAUAACACAGAUAUUUUAAAAUAAAUAAAAUGGCCAUACGUUUGCUCCGGGUUGGAGCUUUGCGUCAGUUGUGGUGUAUGAACAAUAAGGUGUCGCAGGAAUUUCGUCAUAAUGACUACCUUAAAUUAAAAUACAAUUUUUACAGUUUGUUUGAUAAAUCAAAGUAUAGUGUUCGUAAUCUGCACAUUAAAACUUAUGAUAAAGAUGCCGGUUUGGAAGAGCAACGACAAGCUAACAAGGAACAAGAGAGUCUUCCAGACCGUGAGCCGUUGCGAAGUGAGAAUUCGAUGAAGGAAGAUAAACUAAAUAGUCAUGGAGGCAAUUUUGUGGACAAAUGCAACGAUGCUGAUAUAUUUGGUAACAAUCAAACAUCUGAAAUCAAAGAAGAUGCUGGGGAUGUUAUGGAAGAGGAAUAUACAAAUAAUCCUAAAAAGAAAGUAUUACGAACAAUUGAUUACGUACGUCUCAUAAAAUCCCAUCUAGCUGAGAAACGACUCAAAGAUGCAAUUGCUGUACUCGAAGUCCAAAUGUUAAAGCAAGAUCGCGCCAAACCUGAUGCAUAUAUAUAUAAUUUACUAAUAAGCGGUUGUGCAAAGGCAGGUUACACACGCAAAGCAUUUAAUUUAUUUACUAAACUGCGGCAAAGAGGAUUAAAAGUGAAAGGCGGGACGUAUACGUCACUUUUUAAUGCUUGUGCAAAUGCUCCAUCUACGGUCUACGGUAUUGAACAAGCCAAUAGAUUACGUGAAAUAAUGCUAGAAAAGGGUUAUGACCCAAAUGUAAAAAAUUAUAAUGCAAUGAUUAAAGCUUUUGGACGAUGUGGUGACGUAAAAACCGCAUAUUUGCUUGCAGAUGAGUUAAUGGAGAAACAAUUGCCUUUGAAUGUUGAAACAUUUAAUUUCUUGUUGCAAGCCUGCGCAAGCGAUGUAGACUAUGGAUUCCGCCAUUGUCUUCUCACUUGGCACAAAAUGAUGCAACAUGGACUAAAACCCGAUUAUUAUACUUUUAACACUGUUUUACGUUGCGUGAGAGAUUGUGGAUUCGGUGACUUGAAUACUAUGGAAAAAGUAUUAAAUCAAAUAUGUGCAGAACGUGAAGAAUUGCUUGCUACGGCUACAUCUAUAGAAAAAGAGACAUCACUGCCUAAAGAAAUAUCGCCAUCUAACACUCAAGAUGUGGAGAAACAAUCACAACUUAUUGAAUUUAAAAAUAAUGCAGAACAAUUAGAAAUGCCUAAUUUGUUGGCAGCACGACCUCAUCUCGGGAGCCUGGUUUCGUUAGCGGAAGUUUCCCGUCCUCAUGAACGUUUUAUACUCUUGGGCGGCUUGUCAGGAUUUCUGAAUCUUAUGAAGGAAUGUAAAAUUACGCCUGACAUUGAAACUUUCACAACAUUAUUGGAGGUCAUUCCACCAACGUAUGCAGCCGAAAAACAGUUGUUAACAUACGUUCGAAAAAUUGGCCUAAAAGCCGACAUUGACUUUUUUAAUAUUCUAAUAAAAAAACGUUCUAUGCGUUUCGACUAUGAAGGAGCGAAAGAAGUGCUGUCAAUGAUACGUACCGCCGGUUUAGAGCCUGAUAUUGUUACCUAUGGUGUGCUAGCGUUAGGAUGUCAAACAGAAGUGGAAUCUCGGGAGUUAUUGCUACAAAUGAAAGAAAACGGCAUACGCAUGAACAUACAAAUUUUGGGUGCAAUGUUGCGACAAGGAGCUAAUAAUAGAAACUUCCCAUAUGUCAUCGAAAUUUUACAAAUCAGUUUGGAUGAAAAUAUCAAACCAAACGACGUUUUUCUCAAACAUCUUCACAAUUUUUACGACCGAUGUGCACGGUCGAUUGACGCAAGACAUCCUUCAACAAAAACGAAGUCAUUUAGAAGGGGACACGAAAAGUUCUGUGCUAAAUUGCGUCUUUACUAUGAAGAACAAGGAAUUGCUGGCUUGAAGAUAGAGGAUGCAAUUAAAAAAAUUCAUGAACAUCCAUAUCAGCAAUAUAGGGAUGAUGAAUAUGAAGGCGUUGAGCCAUUAAAAAAUCAAAAGCUUUCUAAACAACAAAAAGUUCGAAGAUAUAUAAAAAAGAUUAAAAUUGAAAACUUACGUGUUGAUACACAGGAUUCUUUAUCCAACGAUAAAAACGCACAACAGCGGUUAGAGUAGUAAAAUUUGCUCUAUGUUUUAUUUUUUGUUGUGUUUACAAGCUAUGUUAGGAUUAAGAGUCAAUCAAGCUUUUGAUAAUAAAAUAAAAAUGAAACAAAUUUUUCGAUAAA